CCCCGCCCCCCGCGGCGCGACGGCGGGUCACGUGACGGCCGCGCGCGUUCCCGGCCGCUGCGGGCUCCGGGGCCGGAGAGGGAGGCCUGCGCGGCGGCGGCCGCCCGAGAGGGAGAUUUUCUGUGAUGUUGGAGCAGUGAUGAGUCGGGGGAGGAAGCCAGCCAAGAAAUGAUGGGAAAAGCCUUGUCUUCAGAGCCUGACGUCUCAGGUGCCCCGGGCACCACCACCCACCCCCACCUCCGCACAGAAUGAACCAGCAGUGGAAGACAAAAUACUGCACGCUAUUUGACUGCUGGUGAAGAUGAUCUUUUUUUGUGACAGACAACUGUGGGAUCUGUAAUAGAAAUAAAGAAGACAGGCAUCUCUUAUUCAUAUUGGAUGGCUGGCUGUGGUGAAGUUGAUCACUCGAUAAACAUGCUUCCUACGAACAGGAAAGCGAAUGAGUCCUGUUCUAACACUGCGCCUUCGCUCACUGUCCCUGAAUGUGCCAUUUGCCUGCAGACCUGCGUCCACCCCGUCAGUCUCCCGUGUAAGCAUGUGUUCUGCUAUCUGUGUGUAAAGGGAGCUUCAUGGCUUGGAAAGCGAUGUGCCCUGUGUCGACAAGAAAUUCCUGAAGAUUUCCUUGACAAGCCAACCUUACUGUCCCCAGAAGAACUCAAGGCAGCAAGUCGAGGAAACGGUGAAUAUGCGUGGUAUUACGAAGGAAGAAAUGGGUGGUGGCAGUAUGACGAGCGCACUAGUAGAGAGUUGGAAGAUGCUUUUUCCAAAGGUAAAAAGAGCACUGAAAUGUUAAUUGCUGGGUUUCUGUAUGUUGCUGAUCUUGAAAAUAUGGUUCAAUACAGGAGAAAUGAGCACGGACGUCGCAGGAAGAUUAAGCGGGAUAUAAUAGAUAUACCAAAGAAGGGAGUAGCUGGACUUAGGCUGGACUGUGACUCCAGCACGGUCAACCUAGCGAGAGAGAGCUCUGCCGACGGAGCGGACAGCGUGCCAGCGCAGAGUGGAGCUUCUGUUCAGCCCCUGGCGUCUUCUGCGAGGCCCCCAGCAUCGGUGGAUGGUCCCUUAACAAGCCCUGCCACGCCGUCCCCGGAUGCGAGCACUUCUCUGGAAGACUCUUUUGCUCAUUUGCACCUCGGUGGAGACAGCAUAGCUGAAAGGAGUCACAGGGGGGAAGGAGAAGAGGAUCACGAGUCGCCGUCCUCGGGCAGGGUCCCCGCACCAGACACCUCCGUGGAGGAGACCGAGUCCGAUGCCAGUAGUGAAAGCGAGGAAGUACCUGCGCUUGGUGCACAGCACUCCUUGACCCACCAGAGACUUUUGGUUCCUAGUGUAAACCAGACAGUAUCUGAUAGAUCAGAUCGAUCGGGGACUGAUCGACCAGUCGCAGGGGGUGGAACAGUGAAUGCUGGUGUCCGGUCUAGAAGACCUGAUGGCCAGUGCACAGUAACUGAAGUUUAAAUACGACAGUCUUCAGCUCCAGGCUCAAAGUUAAGGCAGCGCUCUGUAAAUUUCUGCCCACGUAACAUACUCGUCCCUGGUAGUGCGUUGUUGGGAGCUGGGGGGGGAAGGGGUGUGGGGAGGACAGACCUGUAAUUAAAAUGUCUAACGUGUCUCUGUUGAGGAAUUUAUUUAAUAUAAGGAACUUGGCGUUAAUAGUUGAGAGCUGUUUAGUAAUAACCCAGUUUUCUUGAGGUCUGUUUAUUUUAUAGUUUUUAAAAGUUUCUUCAGUUCCUUUGGCCAGCGUGUGUGUAUUAUCUGUGCAUUAACAGUCCUCAUCUGACUCUUGCAUUGUGUCUUACUUUUCUGCAUGGAUUGACGUAAAACCAUUACUAAAAUCUGGCACCUCUGAGGUGUCUGGUAUCGGUAUGAGCAGGAAGCUUAAUGUGAGAAUAGAUGUGAAUUCGGGAUUUUAAAAUAGAUGAAUAACAACUAUUAAAUAGUAAAGUUACCGAAAUGGAAGUGUAAAGAAAACAGCUAAUAACUCCUGUUUCAGAAUCUUGUCUGUAACAUACUCCAUGGCAUUUCCCAUAGGCUCUGCUGUCUGGUCCUUGUAGUUUGAGGUUUCUCUUGACCUGCAUUUUUCUUUUUGAUUACAGAAUUUAUAAUUUAAUAAAUACUAGAGUUUACCAAAAA